AUGACAACAACAGCGCCACCGCCACCGCCACAUGGAGCAAUCCCACCCCAAAACCCUAAGACCCAGAACCAGGCCGACGUCAAGAAACGAAAUCUUUCCAACACCAACAUGGAGAAAGACUCCCCCUACUUCAAAAUCCGCGCGCUCCUUCAGCAACUUCGUCCCCACUUUAUUGAGGUUCUUCAAACACCUGAUUUUCGGAAUUGUAAAGCAGCUGAUGAGAUUCAGAAACAGGUGAAGCUUCUCAUGGCGCUAAACAAACAGAUGACCAUGACUACGGGAACAAAGAAGAAGUUUGCAUCAGAACAUAAGCAGCAUUCGUCCCAUAACAGGGUGCCUGCGGAAGAAAACAAAGAUAAGUUGUCAAUACAUCCGAUUCAACCUAGAUGCACUCAUUUUAUCCCAGAGAAAAAAUCAUUUGUUAGCAGCGAGCUACCGCGAAGCUACAUGGUGGGCGGUUCGGUUUUUGGUUGGAACUUCGUCACAUUUUCUGGCGGUAAACCACUGUAUUAUGGUGUAACAAAAGAGGCAUAUCGAAGCAGCCACACAGGUGAUGCUUCUAUGCUUUCAAGUUUCAACUGAUGAAUCUUCUGAGGAGGGAGAUAAUCUAUGGUAAGUUGGUAACCUAACGGAUUCAGGAGCAAAGAAAUCUGACACUAAAGGCCAUGCAUUUCUUUUUGUCACAAGGAUCCAAUCUGCUGAGAUAAGUCGUAAGAGUGUAAUUUCAUUCCAUCUGAGAGGGCAUUUUGGUUGUCUGAAGAGAAUU